AUGGAUCAAUGGACUGGAUCUGAAUGUAAUACCCCUCGAGGGACUGAUGGAAUCCAAUUUCAACCCUUAAUUGCAAGAAAAACUAGAUUAACUGUGUUCAUUUCUGACAUUUACAGAUCGUUGGAUUUGACUUAUGUCGGGGAUUCUGAUUAUUUCGGGAUUCCUGGAUUUAAAUAUGUUCUUGGACCUGAAGUAUUCGACCCUCCGAGUGUUAAUCCAGCCAAUGGAUGUUAUUGUGUCCAUACAAGGGAAAAGAAAUCACGAUGUGAACACUAUGGUCUCCUCGAUUGUACCGGUGGAUUUUCUGGGCCUCCGAUUAUACAUAAUAACUAG